AUGUCGCAGUUCUACAUUGAAAACAAAAAUGUCGGCAACAAGGCCGACUCUGAAGAUUGGAGAAUUCGCGGCUACAACCCUCUCACGCCGCCCGAUCUGCUCCAGCACGAGAUCCCCCAAACCCCCGAGUCAAAACAGACCGUCAUCAAGUCAAGAGACGAGGUAGCCGCCGUCGUGCAAGACACAGACGAGAGAAAACGUCUCCUCGUCGUCGUGGGCCCUUGCUCCAUCCAUGAUCCCGAAGCCGCCCUCGCCUACUGCGACCUCUUGCUCCAGGCUAGCGAGAAGCACAAGGAUGAGCUCCUCAUCGUCAUGCGAUCCUACCUCGAGAAGCCGCGUACCACCGUCGGCUGGAAGGGCCUCAUCAACGACCCCGAGAUUGACGGCAGCUUCCAGAUCAACAAGGGUCUGCGGCUGGCUCGCAAGCUCUUUGUCGACUUGACCGCCAAGGGCAUGCCCAUUGCCAGCGAGAUGCUGGACACUAUUUCCCCCCAGUUCCUCGCCGACUUGCUCUCCGUGGGAGCCAUUGGCGCUAGAACCACCGAGAGCCAGCUUCACCGUGAGCUGGCCAGUGGUUUGAGUUUCCCCGUGGGUUUCAAGAACGGCACUGACGGCUCGCUUGGCGUUGCUAUUGACGCAAUUGGUGCUGUCAAGCACGCCCACCACUUCUUGUCUGUUACGAAGCCUGGCGUUGUUGCUAUUGUCGGCACGACUGGUAAUGAGGAUUGCUUUGUCAUCCUGCGAGGCGGUACCAAGGGCACCAACUAUGAUGCUGCUAGCAUUGCUGAGGCCAAGGCUGCGCUGGAGAAGAAGGGCGUUCGUCAGAGACUCAUGGUGGAUUGCAGCCACGGCAACUCGCUCAAGGACCACAGGAAUCAGCCCAAGGUUGCUGCGAAUAUUGCUGAGCAGAUUGCCAAGGGUGAGACGGGUAUCAUGGGUGUGAUGAUUGAGAGCAACCACAACGAGGGUAACCAAAAGGUACCCCCUGAGGGCAAAUCUGGCCUCAAAUACGGUGUCAGCAUCACAGAUGCCUGUAUCAACUGGAAAGACACCGAGUCUGUCCUCGACCUGCUCGCCGACGCCGUCAAGCAGAGACGCCAGGUUCUCGGUGCCAACGGACACGCCUAG